UUCCUUUGGAUGACUAGCAUUUAGCAAAUGUUUUCUUGAAAGCUCAUGAUCGUGAAGGAGGUUAUUAACGGCAAAAUCGAAUAAAUUGUAAAAGAUAAACGGCAAAAUGACCGAUGUAAUAGUAAAGAAACCCGAAAAAGCCGAGCAAAAAAAUGAAGAAGAUCGCUCGGAAUUGUCUGAAGAGGACAAACUUCUUCAAGAUGAAUUAAACUUGUGCGUGGAAGUGUUGCUGGAAAAUAAUGGCGAACUCUGCAUGCCACCUCUACUAACAUUAGGAAAACUGAUUCGAGCGUCCACAACGUCAAUGACGUCUGUUCCAAAACCUUUAAAGUUUAUGAAACCUCACUACGCUACCAUGAUGGAGAUUCACGAAAAGUUAGAAGGGGAAAUAGCUAAAGUCUGUGCCGAUAUAAUUUCGGUAUUAGCGAUGACAAUGGGUAAGCCGAGGCAAUGUUUGCACUAUCGCUUGCGAUCUACCUUGGAUGAUGUCGGAGACUGGGGGCAUGAAUACAUAAGGCACUUGUCAGGGGAAAUUGCCGCGGAAUGGGCGGAGUUCACUGGAGAAAAUGAAUCUGAGAAUGAGGUAAAGAAACAACUGAUCCAAUUAGUUUGCCAAAUUGUACCUUACAAUAUGGCCCAUAACGCAGAGGCCGAAGCUUGCGAUUUAUUGAUGGAAAUCGAAAGGUUGGAUUUAUUAGAGCAGUAUGUUGACGAGAAUGUUUAUCCCAGAGUUUGUUUAUAUCUUACAAGUUGCGUGCCUUACGUUGCCGAUCCUGAAAACACCACACUUCUGCAAACGGCCUUACAUUUGUUUCGCAAAUUCAAACAAUAUCCGCAGUCUUUACGGUUAGCUAUGCAGUUGAAUGACCAUGCAUUGAUCGAAGACAUUUUUACAUCUUGUAAAGAUACAGCGAUACAGAAGCAGUUGGCGUUCAUCUUGGGAAGACAACAGAUUUACAUAGAAAUUAAUGAGCACACGCCUGAAUACGAUGAUUUGAUCGAAAUCAUGGCAAAUUGUCACCUCAAUAAUCAUUUCUUAAAUUUAGCGCGAGAGCUCGAUAUCAUGGAACCCAAAACGCCGGAGGACGUUUACAAAUCUCACCUCGAGAACACACGUCCCCAGUUUGGGGGCGGGCAAGUUGACUCGGCACGACAAAAUUUGGCAGCGAGUUUCGUCAAUAGCUUCGUUAACGCCGCUUUUGGCCAGGAUAAACUUGUUAUGGAGGAUGGUAACAAGUGGUUGUUUAAAAAUAAAGAGCACGGAAUGCUUAGCGCUACUGCAUCGUUAGGCUUGGUUCUGCUUUGGGAUGUGGAUGGUGGUUUGACUCCAAUUGACAAGUAUCUGUACUCCUCCGAAGAUCACAUAAAGUCGGGCGCAUUAUUGGCGUGCGGUAUCGUAAAUUGUGGAGUACGCAACGAGUGCGAUCCGGCCUUGGCGCUUCUAUCGGAUUACGUUUUGCAUAACACGAACAUUAUGCGUAUAGGUGCGAUCGUCGGUCUAGGCUUGGCAUACGUUGGUUCGAACAGGGAUGCUGUUUUAAGUCUCCUUAUGCCAGUUUUCUCCGAUCCGAAAUCUAGCAUGGAGGUGAUCGGUAUGGCGGGUCUCGCCUGCGGUAUGAUCGCAGUCGGUUCUGGAAAUCCGGACGUAACUGCAGCCAUCAUGCAAACAUUGAUGGAAAAAACUGAGACUGAACUUAAAGAUACAUACGCGAGGUUUUUACCGUUAGGUUUAGGUUUAUGUUUUCUGGGCAAACAAGAAGCCGUAGAAGCAAUAGUUGCUGCUUUGGAAGUAAUUCCGGAACCGUUUAAAUCUAUGGCCGUAACUAUGGUGGAGAUAUGCGCUUAUGCGGGUACCGGAAAUGUGUUAAAAGUGCAGCAGUUGUUACAUAUAUGCUCCGAGCAUUAUGAGAAUCCGGAACGUGAAGAAUCCAAAAAUGAGAAGAACAAAGAUAAAAGUAAAGAAAAAGAGAAGGAUAAAGACACUUCGGCGAGGCAGGCCGUGGCCGUAUUAGGUAUCGCCCUAAUUAGUAUGGGCGAAGAUAUUGGUAGUGAGAUGGCCUUCCGUACGUUUGGACAUUUACUUCGCUAUUGCGAACCGGUCAUUCGUAGGGCGGUUCCACUAGCUUUGGGUCUUAUUUCUAUUUCGAAUCCUAAGCUCAGUAUUUUGGACACACUUAGCAAGUUUUCACAUGACAGCGAUGCGGAAGUUGCUCACAAUGCUAUUUUCGCGAUGGGACUUGUAGGAGCCGGUACAAAUAAUGCCAGAUUGGCUGCGAUGUUACGACAGUUGGCACAAUAUCACGCGAAGGAUCCCAAUAACUUAUUCAUGGUGAGAAUAGCGCAAGGCUUAACUCAUUUGGGAAAAGGGACAUUAACGUUAUGUCCCUAUCACAGUGAUAGACAGUUACUUAGUCCAGUAGCAGUGGCCGGUUUGUUGGCAACGUUAGUAGGAUGCUUAGAUGUCAAAAACAUUAUAUUGGGACGUUCACAUUAUCUUCUCUACACCUUAGCAGCUGCAAUGCAGCCAAGAAUGCUGGUCACUUUCGAUGAAGAUUUAAAUCCGUUACCCGUACCUGUUCGAGUAGGAUUAGCAGUUGAUGUCGUCGGUCAAGCAGGUAAACCAAAAACGAUAACAGGGUUCCAAACACAUACAACGCCUGUUUUACUUGCGUAUGGCGAACGUGCCGAAUUGGCAACGGAAGAGUACACACCUUUAACUCCCAUUAUGGAAGGUUUUGUGAUACUUAGAAAAAAUCAAGACUAUAAUAUGUAAAAAUAGUUCGUGUAAUUUUUGAUGCCUAAUGGUUAUUAUUUAUCCUUAGUUAACACAAUUGAGUUUUGUAAAAAUGCAUCUGUGAAAAGCAAAAAAUGCUCCUUUCUUUGUUGUAGCUUUAAUUAAUAAACAACAACUGUCCGA